GAUAGUUAUAGAUCAGUGAAUCAUUGACAUAAUAUAAACCCAUGCUGACUGGUUAAAUUACCUAUGUGAGAAGAGUAUAUUAACAAACAAGAUCAGAGCCAUCCAUCUAAUAAACCCCAUUUAGGAAUAGAGCCGACAAGGCAACACAUUGUGUGGAGGAAUUAAAGUCACCACAGGACAAAAACUGGACACAAAGGAGCAAAACUGACAGCUUCUCUCAAGACAGAUGUCUAAAGUGGAAGGCCCACAUUCGAAGGGCCAGCUCAACAGAGCGUGGUGCCAGCCUGGUUGAGACUACCAGCAGCAAUGGCUGCAACAAGAUAACAGAAUAAAGCAAUAAAACAGGAACCAUGGGAGAACAACAUGCAGAGGAACCAUAACAUAACAAGUGCUGUGGAGGGUCUGGUAACCAGGAUGAGCAAAGAAGAAAUUAGAAACAAAUAAAUCUGCUAAUGUACUGGGAGAAGAUGGCACAUAGAUCAUAAUAAGGAAAAAUAGUUACAUUUAUCAGAGUGCCUGAUUACUUUCAAAGAAGGGAAGUCACAUUGUAGAGAAAUCAUUAGAACUAUUUUUGAAUCUUCUGUGAGCUUUCCCCUGACAAAUGUAUUGCAGACUGUCUGCAGCCAAGUAGUUCUAUCUGGGAGUUCUUUCUUUUUCCAAUGCAAAGACAGGGAGCAUGAGAAUCUUUGAGGUAUUUCACCAUGUAAAGAGUAUGAUAUCAUCUUAGAGGUUUUCACGAGAUUGUCCCCUUCUCCCAGGAAAGUCUGGAAGCAGCACAAAGGGGUCAAGGGACUCUCUCAAUCCAGUGGUUUCAAAAUAUAUCUGGGAUAUAUGUACAGAAUUUGGCUGACUUCAGACAUACUCACCAGAUGUGGAUAAAAGGGCCUCUCUCUCCACUUUCUCUCCAGCUGAUAUACGACCUACAUUUUUGUUUUAAAUAGUGAUUCAAUGGUUCCUCACACUGUCUUGAAACAUCACCUUGUUGGCCAGCCUCCUAGCUAAGAGACUUCAACUUGAAGUAAAACAGUGUUAAAAUGAGGAAAUUCAUAACAGUUAAAGGAAAUCUACUGGGCAGAGUAAUUACCCUGUGCUUGGUAUAUGCUCCUAACACUGGACAAAGAGCCUUUCCCAAUGCUAUUCUUCUUGUCCUGACAUUUUCUUCUGAGGAGCUCAUUGUUGAGGGAGAUUUAAAUCUCACCUCAAAUCCUACAGCUGACAGAUCAGACAGUAGAAAGGAGGAACCCAAUUCCCCUGGCUCAUAUUUGAAACAAAAUCUUUCCCAGCUCAGUCUACUGGUUUCAUGGAACAAUGUGAAGCCAUUUGUGAGCGAUUACUUGUUUUAUUCAUAUCCCCAUUUGCUGUUCACGCAAAAAGAUUAUAUAUCUUUGUCUGCCUGCUUAAAGGAUUUUCUGACUGAGGCAAAGAGAGGUGAGCUUACAUGGUCAGUCCCUAUUCCUAUCAUGACAACACUUAGAGAUUUGUUUGGUUGUAGGAGGCAUAGCAACUGGGUCCUGAAUAAUCCAUUAUUUGAGAACCUUAUAGUACUGAAUGAUGUAAUUAGCAAAACCAAAAUUUCUUUCAAUAAUGACAAAAAUGGAAACUUACGUACCAAUACACUAUGGAAGGUUUAUAAGGCAGUAUGGAGGGGAAAAUUAAUUAAGACAUUCUCUAGAAUUAAAGGGGGGAAAAAUACAGAAGACAAGUUUCUUCUCUCUGAAAUAAAAAAAUUAGAGAAGUUGCACAAAAAGACAGAUGCAAGGAAAAACCUGGCUAAACCUCCCUUCCUUAGAGGACAACUCUCUGUUCUGUGGCCAGAAAAAAGAGACUGUGUUGUAUAUCAGUUUAAACAAAAGUACAAUGGGAUGGAAAAUAAGGGCCGUAACAAUUCAGCAUAUAGGCUAAGACAGGAAAAAGAAAAAAAUACUAUGAUUGGUAUCAGAGAACACAACAGUGAGAUGCACUGUCAUACAAGUUCUUACCCUGGAGAAGCUGGGCUCCCAGUUAUACCUGAACAUCUGCAGAAAGAAUUUGAGGAAGUCAAAUCAGUCAUUAAAAAUAUGCUCUCAAGUAAAGCACCUGGUAUGGAAAGGGUCUCAAUUGAAUUGUACAAAUCUUUGACUUAUCAGUUUUCCCCCAAACUUCUAAGUGAUUUUCAGGACUUCAAAACAUUAGCAGAUAUGAAGAAAUCAAUCAAUAUUGCUGUGAUUUUAAAGGCCAAAAGAUACAAGAUUGAAUGUACUUCACGUAUGCACAUCUCAUUGUCAAAUAUAGAAUUUAAGAGUUUUGCAAAGGUGUUGACAGAAUCAUUUACACUUAAAAUAACUAGUAUAUAUCAAAUGGGAUUUAAUCAGGGAAGACAGCUAUUAGAUAACAUUCAUAGGUUAUUGGUUGUGAUCCAUUCAAGCCUGUCAAAGGUAAGGAGGUCAGGUAUGUUACUUUCACUAGAUGUCGAAAAGAUCUAUGAGCAAGUUAAAUGGAAGUUUAUGAAGGGACUAGGUCUAGAAAGUAAAAGAAAAAAAUGGACUGAAAUCUUAUACCAAUCUAUAAAAGCUAAAGAAAGAGUCAGUAAUAAAUAUUCAGAGCCUCUCUCAUUUCAAAGAGGCCUAUGGCAAAGUUGUCCACUAUUCCCCACAUGGUUUGUAUUAACCAAGAAACCAUUUGCACAGAAAAUUAGAAAAAUUCAACAAAUACAGGAUUUAAAUGCAAAGAAGUCAAUCCAUAAUAUAGUGUUCUUUGUGGAUGAAGUCCGACUCAUGACUGCACAAUCCCUCAAAAGAAUGGCAGUUAGGGAGGUCGUAGGUUUUAAAAUUAAUUAUACAAAAUUGAAAGUCAUGUCAAUUUGCCUUAAAGAUCAGUGUCAAACAAGGCUACAAAUUCGUUUUAAAUUUAAGUUAGCCAAACAUCGCAUAAAAGUAUGUAGUGGUCAAUUUUUUUUCCCAUUUAAUAACAGUAUAUGAAGACAGCCACCUGUGCUUGUUAAAAAAAAUUAAAAAGUAAUUGAAAAGCAAGAGAUGAUUAUAGUGUUUUGGCAACAUUACUGCCAUAACAAUAAUGUUGCUCCUGAGGAUCACCUUCCUCUUCCAGAAUAUUCCAGUAAAGGUUUCCCAUAAGAUGUUAGAAAAUCCUCCAGCUGGGGAAACAAAAUGGCUAAAAUUAACAGGAAAAUUCUUUCCAGAACUAAAUCAUAAGGUGACCUGGCAGUGACCAAUAUAAAAGGUGACUCAUCUUGAACAUUGGUGGCAAGGUACACCGGACAGAGAGAAACAGGUGGAAAGAGAACAAGAUGAGGUUCCUAUUCUACUAAUUGCUUUGAUUUUUAUUCCCAAACAUCAAGGGGAAAACAGAAGGAAGUCUACUUGAUAGCACCUCUUACCCUAAAGUUAUGGGAGAAAAUAAGGGUUAGAGAUAGCCUAGAAUCUCCCAAACUUACUGUGAUAAAAUGGAAUUCUAGUCUUCCUCACACCUUGAGCAUUGGCUUGCUAAACCCAGGGUUGUGAGUUCAAUCCUUAAGGGGGCCACUUAGGGAUCUGGGGCAAAAAUUGGUCCUGCUAGUGAAAGCAGGGGGCUGGACUUGAUGACUUUUCAAGGUCCCUUCCAGUUCUAGGAGACUGGUAUACCUUUUGGUGGGUUUUUUUUUUUUUUUUUUGGUAAAGGAAAGGAGAUGAGCUUUUGCAGAAUGACUCAGUUAUUUGAGAAGGGAAACCAGUGGACAGAUGAAAUACAGAACAUGGUUGUCCCAUUAGAAAUCCUCACUUUUAAUUACUUAAUAUUUAAAACCCAUUCAUACUAUGAGUUGCUUUAGUUAGAGCCCUCACAGGAUUGGAAAAAAUAAUUACAAAAUAUAAGGGACUAGAAGAUAUAGUUCCUGCCAGGUAUUUGGUAAUUAUUACAUUAUAAAUUAGAUACAUACGUGGGAGGAGUAGUUGUGUGAAGAGCUCUUUUAUGAACAGUGGUUAUGCAUGUGGCCUGGAGCAACUCUCUUUUAUGGUAACACAUGUAGAAAAAACACAAUAAAAAAUCAUAUUCCACUGGUAUUUGACUUUCUUCAGAUUGAAACAACACUAUAAAGAUGUUUCAAAUAUUUGCUGGAGGAAUUGUGAAUUGGUUGGUAUUUCCCCCCCCUCUGAUGGGAUUACACUAAAAUCCAGGCAUAAUAGUCCGGAAAUACUGUCAUUCACUGGCAAUUUUACUGACACUACCAGUUAAGCACCUAUUUAGACCACAAAACUCUGAUUUCUUAACACACUUAUUGGUAGCAACUAUAUGCUCAGUUGCAGAGCUAUGGAAAAAUAAGAAUCCCCCCUACCCAAUAGCACUGGAUAAGUCAAAAGAAUCUAGGACAAAUCAUUUGUCAAUUUUUUUCCAUUAAGAGUAAUGCUAGAUGGUACGAAAUCCUUUCAGGCAUAGCUGCCUUUCUUAUAGUUUGAACGUAAAGAUCAUUCAAAUAUCAAAAGGACACUGAAAAAAUUUAAACUGUUUUUCUUUAUUAUACCCAAAGUUACACAUUUCUCACGUAUUCCAAAAGUAUAUAUACCUGGUUUUGCUUCCUUUUUGUUUGUGAAAAUGUGGGGACAGCAUAACAAAUAAAAUUCAUUAUCAAAAUAAACAUGAGGGUUCCUGUA